GGUUGUUAAGGACCCUUCCAACCCAAACCAUUCUGUGAUUGUAUGAAAUGGGAAAAUACAGUUCUUGCCUGCUCUUUUUUCUGUCUCCUUGCUUGCAGCCAUCUCAUCUCACUCUGUGAUGGUAUUGAUGUUUGAGCAGUACUUAGCAAACCAGCAUUUUUUAAGGACAUGUGCCUGGAUAGCUUUUGAUUGAUUCCCAAGUGACCCCUAGACACGUGGUAGGCACCUCAAAAUUCACUCUGGUAUAUGAGAAACUUACUAGGUGCCGUCCAGCAAUGUUUCAGCACUCAGGGGAAGUGUUUUUGUAAAGUGUCUUUAUCAGAGGGUUUUCCAUUCCCCCUUUUGUGGUCCUGUGCUCUUGCAUCCUGUGCAAGAUGCUGGUUACAUGCCUCUAUGUUCUGUUGGUUGCCUACUUCAGAUUUCAACAACCAGGCCAACCAACCAACCUUUGAUGGGGCCUUAGGAGUCAGUCAGCGCCUCUGAUGAUACAAAGGCUUCAGGAGGUGUCUUACAGAAGCUGUGAAAAUCUCUGCCUCUCCUUGUAUCCUUGGGCUGAAUGAAGUGCCGUUUCUGCAUGGUCUAGCUGUUCAAACAGCAGCUUUUAUUUUAAUAAUCAGAAACUCUCUUGGUAAUCACACUCAACACCUGCUGCAGUUUUUUUACUUCAUUAUUUAGUAAUCAGAAAGUAUUUAAUUGUGUUACUCUGUCAUUUUCCUUUUCAAGUGCCAUUAGUGAGCCUAGGGAUAUGUUUGUCGUUAAGGACUGGACUAGACAUCUUGAUUCAGUUCAUAGGUCUGGCAUGGACUCCAGGCAUGGUCUUGAGUGAGCUGUUUGUUCUCUCUGGAGCUUGCUUGCUCUUAUAUAUAGUGGCUAUAAAAUGCAUCUUUUUCAGCUUUUGGCUAGUCAGUGUGUUAGUCAAGAGAAAUGGAAGCUGGCAGAAGGCAUCGGAUUGCUUCUUGUGAAGACAUUAGAAGGGUAAAUACCAGGGGGGGAGAAGAGCUACUUAAGCUAAAGAACAGUUUUGGCAGGACAAAUGCUUAUAAAUAGAAGGUGGAUAAAUUUGAGGUGGAAAUUCAGAGAAAAUUUCUCAUCAUCAGAUCAGUCUUGUUCCAGAACAGCCUUCCUGGAUGAGUCAGGGGGAAGAAUGACCUGGUGCGUAAGGGACAUUUUUACCUCUCCUGAAAUUAAAAUGCAUUACGUAGGCCAAAGCUACCUGCUGACUGUCUCUGCUGAUGAUGUCUGGCACUGUUGUAACAGGAAUAGCAUUAGAGCCACAAGUAACAGAGGUCAGGUUGCCAGAUGGAUGCCAGAGACAAGCAGCUUUUGCGCUCCCUGCGCCUGGAGCUCUGCACAGAGGUGCUGGUGGAUGGAGUUGUUAUUCAGUAUCUCUACCAAGAAGGGAUUCUCAUGGACAGUCAUGUUCAAGAAAUAAAAGCCCAAACCACCAGUCAGAGGAAAACUAUGAUGCUCCUUGAUAUUCUCCCCACCAGAGGACCCAAGGCUUUUGAUGCAUUCUUGGAUUCUUUGCAGGAGUUCCCAUGGGUUAAAGACAAGCUGGUGAUGAAGCGUAAAGAAAUAACAGUCCAAGAUCCUGCGGAUAUCACUGAAAUUGCACCAUUUCUUUUGAAGACUUCACCGACAGAUCAGCAGCUGAACAAGCUUGCGAGGAGACUGGGACCCGAAUGGGAGCAUAUAGUUCUGUGUUUGGGUUUGUCCCAUACUGACAUCUAUCGAUGUAAAGUCAAUCACCCCCACAACCUGCAGUCACAGAUUGUAGCUGCAUUUGUCCUGUGGAGACAGCGCUUGGGGAAAAAAGCAACAAUCCAAAGUCUGCAAGCCAGUCUGAUGGCAGAAGAGGUGGAUCCUUCUGUGAUACAGUAUAUGCUUGAGUGAAGCCUUGCUAUUGAUCGGGAGCUUUCAAGUACUUCGUUAAAUUAAAUCAAGAGGGUUCGUGGAAAUGCAUGUUGAAGAUCUGAUGCUUUAAACUGGAAAAAAGGGAUUGGGAACUAUGGUUUUAUUAAGCUUAAACAUUCCAGUUUCCUGUGGCAUCUUGUGGCUUGUAAUUCUUUUCAUGCCAGAUUAAUUUUUAGCAAGCAUUAAAAAAUUGAUCACGCUU